CAACUACUCGAUAUUUGGGGAACAGCAGAAGAUAAGACUCGAAUUGCGGCAUUUCUUAAUAUUCGCAAACUUGCAUCUAUUGCACCGCCGCCUUUUAUUGACCUUUGUCUAAAGGGUAUUUAUACUACUUUUGUCCAAUAUUGCAAAGAAACUACAGUCUUUACGAUACCAUCCAUCAAUCUUAUGAGUAAUUGUGCGGUUGAAAUGUAUGGAAUUGAUCUAAAAAGUUCAUACCAGUCUGCAUUUAAUUACAUUAGACAAUUAGCUAUUCAUUUAAGGAAUUCUACUAAUAACAAGAACGAGAAAACGGGGACUUUUAUACCUCUUGCACCUUAUCUUUUUGACAUUCUGCAUUCAGCUGAAGUUUACCGAAAACCAAAACUUGCGACUUUAAAACCUUUAGAUUUUUCGUCUACAUUAAAAACACCAAAGGCUUAUUUACAUACAAAAGUAUAUCAGAUUAAACGACAUAUUAAGAAUUCAAAAAAUACUAAAUUCAACAAACAACUUCAACAGUUUAUUGAAAAGAAAGCAUUUUUAAAAAAUUCGGAUCCUGAUUCAACGCCACUUGGUGGAUAUGUAAAAGCAACUAAGAAAAUUAAAGAGCAACGUCAAAAAUUGAUGGAUGUGGUAUAUAUGACUUUCUUGAUGUUGCAUAUAUUUAUUAAUAAAUUUUAG